AACCACAUUUCAACAAGUUCCUCUAUAAAAACACACACCCCCCCACAGAGACACGAAGAGAAGAACUCAUCAAACUCCUCGAUCUCUGCUGAUCUUGUGUGUUUGUUUGUUAGGGUGCUCCAGCUUCACCAAUGGCACCUUCCCUGGAAAAUGAUCACCACUCAAACGGCUUCUGCGUGCAGCAGAAAGAUCCACUGAACUGGGGGGUGGCGGCGGAGGCGCUCAAGGGGAGCCACCUGGAUGAGGUGAAGAAGAUGGUGGCGGAGUUCAGGAAGCCGGUGGUGAAGCUCGGAGGAGAGACGCUGACUAUAUCCCAGGUGGCGGCAAUCGCGGCCAGGGAUAAUGGGGUGGCGGUGGAGCUGGCUGAGGCGGCGAGGGGCGGCGUGAAGGCCAGCAGUGAUUGGGUGAUGGAGAGCAUGAACAAAGGGACAGACAGCUACGGAGUGACAACUGGUUUUGGCGCCACAUCGCACCGAAGGACCAAGCAAGGUGGUGCGCUCCAGAAGGAGCUCAUCAGGUUCUUGAAUGCUGGAAUCUUCGGGAACGCGACCGAAUCUUGCCACACUCUGCCCCACUCAGCGACAAGAGCAGCAAUGCUCGUUAGGAUCAACACCCUCCUCCAAGGAUACUCCGGCAUCCGGUUUGAGAUCUUGGAAGCAAUCACCAAAUUCCUUAACCACAACAUCACCCCAUGCUUGCCGCUUCGUGGCACCAUCACCGCCUCCGGCGACCUCGUCCCCUUAUCCUACAUUGCCGGGCUAUUGACUGGCCGCCCCAACUCCAAGGCCGUCGGACCCAAUGGCGAAGCCCUUAACGCCGAUGAAGCCUUCAAGCUUGCCGGUGUCCAUGGAGGAUUCUUCGAGCUGCAGCCUAAGGAAGGCCUUGCGCUUGUCAAUGGCACAGCUGUUGGCUCUGGGUUGGCCUCCAUUGCACUUUAUGAGGCCAACGUUCUUGCUGUGUUGUCUGAAGUUAUGUCUGCUGUUUUUGCUGAAGUUAUGAAUGGAAAGCCUGAGUUCACCGAUCACUUGACGCACAAGUUGAAGCACCAUCCGGGUCAAAUCGAGGCUGCUGCUAUAAUGGAACACAUUCUUGAUGGCAGCUCGUAUGUGAAGGCUGCUCAGAAGUUGCAUGAGAUGGAUCCGUUGCAGAAACCGAAGCAAGAUAGAUAUGCUCUUCGAACAUCGCCCCAGUGGCUCGGACCUCAAAUUGAAGUCAUCCGCACCGCAACUAAGAUGAUCGAGAGGGAGAUUAACUCGGUGAACGACAACCCCUUGAUUGAUGUAUCGAGGAACAAGGCGCUGCAUGGUGGCAACUUCCAGGGGACACCGAUUGGUGUGUCGAUGGACAACGCAAGACUGGCGAUCGCAUCUAUUGGAAAGUUGAUGUUUGCCCAAUUUUCUGAACUGGUAAAUGAUUUCUACAACAAUGGGUUGCCAUCAAACCUUUCUGGAGGGAGGGAUCCAAGCUUGGACUAUGGCUUCAAGGGCGCUGAAAUUGCCAUGGCUUCAUACUGUUCGGAACUCCAGUUCUUGGCAAAUCCUGUAACGAACCAUGUCCAAAGUGCCGAGCAGCACAAUCAAGAUGUAAACUCGUUGGGUCUGAUCUCUUCGAGAAAAACAAUUGAGGCUUUGGAUAUCCUGAAGCUCAUGUCGUCCACCUACCUGAUUGCACUGUGCCAGGCCAUUGAUUUGAGGCACUUGGAAGAGAACCUGAGACUUGCAGUCAAGAAUACUGUCAGCCAAGUGGCUAAGAGAACUCUAACAAUGGGUGUCAAUGGGGAGCUUCAUCCAUCAAGAUUCUGCGAGAAGGAUUUGCUCCGUGUAGUGGACCGCGAAUACGUUUUUGCAUACAUUGAUGAUCCUUGCAGCGCAACCUACCCGUUGAUGCAGAAACUGAGGCAAGUCUUGGUGGAUCAUGCACUGAAAAACGGUGACGGUGAGAAGAGCUUGAGCACGUCAAUAUUCCAAAAGAUUGAAGCUUUUGAGGACGAACUCAAGGCCCUCUUGCCUAAAGAAGUUGAGAGUGCAAGAAUCGCCCUGGAGAGUGGAAAUCCAGCAAUCGCUAACCGUAUCACAGAAUGCAGAUCGUACCCAUUGUACAAGUUCAUUAGAGAGGAACUGGGGACCAACUUCUUGACAGGAGAAAAGGUGACGUCUCCGGGCGAGGAGUGCGACAAGGUGUUCACAGCAUUGAGCAAGGGGCUAAUUGUUGAUCCAUUGUUGAAAUGCCUUGAUGGUUGGAACGGUGCACCACUUCCAAUCUGUUAGUUCAACAACUAUUUAUGUUUUUCAUUUGUGUUUAUGGUACUUAAGGCCUUUGUUGUAUGUUAUCUUCCUUGAUGUAAUAUUGCUGCUUUCCCAUCCAUCCAAGGUGAAAUAAUAUGUAGAGAUUGCUGAAA